AUGAAUCUGCUUGUUCUUUUGAGUUGCCUCUUUUCCGUAGGGGUGCAAAAAUAUUCACAUGCGUAUGCCCCGCUUAGCGGCAAAAGAGUCCCCUUUACAUUUUCGGGAGAUGUCCAUUUGAGUGACCCCAAUAAGGGGGACAACAUAACAAGUCAAUCGUCCAGGGAAAAGGACAAGACGGAUCGUUUACAAAAUUAUGAAUCUAACACGAAGGAUGCAAAAGAAAGGGUGGAUGCAUCCAACGCAAGUGUAAUAGAAUCCGUGCACAAGGCGAAUGAAGCAGUUAAGGAGAAGUACAGUUUGGAGGACUUACCAACAUCCGGACUGAGUCAAGAGGAUGAAGAAGAGGCGAGAGAAGACAGUGAGUUUUUGUCUGAUGAUUUGGAGGAAGCAGCUCAGAAUUUUGCAGAAGCCCAGAAUAAGGAGGACGGCGAAACGGAAGAGGAAGAAACCAAUGUGAGGAAGUACCAAGCGGAGGUCAUCAACGCCAUGAGUCAAGAUACGCUUUACAAAAAAUUUGAUGCGGGAGAGUUGGAAAAAAUUGAACAGGCCAUGGAAGACUCUGAAGAAAUGUGUCUCCAAGAUUUUUCGCUUCCGUGCCCGCUUCACUUCUUCCGAACAAGUUCUGGAUGCGUCCCGUUGAAUUCAUAUGAAGGGCCUUGUCGCAAGGUGCAAGACAAGCUGAUUAACUUAUAUGAUCACCAGAAGGAGAGUUGGGGUGAGAUUUGUGAAGCCACCUGGCCCUGCCUACCCAAAACAUGCCCCUAUGGAACGGACUACGAUGCUCUGUGCCCCAUAAACUGGACUGACAUAGGACAAGGAAUCUGCAUAGGCGUAGAUGCAAGUGCAAGAGUGAAUACAAAUGGAACGUGCGAGGGAAGUAUAAAGUUCUCCAACCUAUCCAUUGAAAAGAAAAAGAAAAUGGAAGAAAAUUGCGGUAUCAGGUGGAGGUGCAAAUCCGUCACCUUCGAAACGAACUUCGAUGAUGUGUGUCCCAUCAGUUGGCAACAAAUUGGAGAACAUAGAUGUAAAGCACCGAGCGAUUAUGAUGGGCCCUGUCCAAAAAUUGCUAAUUUGAAAAAGUACAAAUCUGAGGAAAGGAAAAGAAGCAUCGAAAAUGUCUGCCUCGUCAAUUGGCCCUACACCGUUACAGUAAAUCAGUACCAAAGGGAUUACUCCGCCCCGUGCCCCAUUGGAUGGUCUCCGAUGGAUAAUGGACUAUGUCUAGCCCCAGAAAAUUACAAGAAAAGCGCCAAGUGCAGCGACGAAGUUUCAUUUGCUACAAUGAGUUCGGAGCAGAAAGACUCCUACUCCAUCGCGUGUGAGGUGGAUUUCCCCUUCAAAGAGAGGGACCACUGCUUGCGCAAUUACUCCUUUCCGUGUCCCCUUGGUUGGGUGCCAUCCAUCAAGAAGGGAUACUGCAAAGCCCCAGUUAGAUACAAAAGCAAAAUAUGCAAAAGAUACUACAAAUUUGAAAACCUUUCAGACAGUCAGAAAAAUUACUUCCUAAAUUUUUGUGCCAUUGAUUGGCCUUGCGAAGGGGAAAUCCAGAACUCUGUGAUUUACACGCGACUUCCCAUCGGGAAUUCGACUGAGCAAGCGGAAAAAUGGGCCAGUGGUCCAGUGGACUCUGCAACGGGAGCAAUUAUUUAG